UAGGAAUGCAGUCUACUGUAAUAGGGUUAACAGUGCAAGCGGAAACGAGGUUAUGAGCUGUCUGAUGCCAGUAGUACUACCCUGGAAGUGAAACAUUGCAGCACAAGCUAGCUCGCUCGCUAUAUGCAACAAGGGCAACGUCUGCUGCCAUUGAAAAGUAAACAAUAUUUGUCUGAGAAGAUAACAAAUUAUUGAAAACGGAAGUAAGUUGGAACAAAAACUGAUUUACAUAGUCCUUGUUGGAUUUAAGUUGUGCCUUGUCUUAAACCUAGGCUGCUAGCCUAGCUAUCCUAUUCGAUGAGCUUGGCUGCACUGCAAUAAGACCUGACUCUCGCACGCUAGCUAGCUAUCUAGUUGCAAGUUAAAACCUCGAACUCGAAGGAAAUAUUUGUCAUCGCUCGUCUCCCUUUCAGUUUUUACGGAAGCGAAAAGCAAGUUUCAGAUGUUGGAUGAGGCCAGUGGAAUCCAACAAAUGUAAUGACUGAUUAUUUGGAAGAUCUGCCAAGCAUUUGCAUUGGUAUUUACUUUAUAAAAAAUGGAGCCUGCUAUUCAUGGAUGCAGCCAUCCUUUUCUGACCUUUCUCCCUUCUGAGGACUUUUGGUGAAGGCGUGAACUGACAAAAUGAAUCAGGGCCACCACCUUCAAUGAGAGUGGGUAGUGUCCUAGCUCUUUAUUCGAGAAACUGAAAGUAAGAUGGAUAUAGGCGUGGCUGAAGGGGAGAUGGAAAGCAUGACAGGAGUUGAAAAAACCCUCCUCUCAGAUGUGCCCCUUUCAUCUUCCAAGUUCACACCCGAUGAGAGGGAAGCUAGGGAGGAUGAGGCUGAUGUUUUGGAUGAGGCUGUUCCAGAGGCAGAAUUUACAGACAAUCUCAGAUCAAACCCUCAGGAUACACAGAGCCCUGUCACCUUUCAGGACACUUUUGGGAACAUAGAUGUUGAGUUAAGUGUGACUCCAGAGGCUCAAGAGGAAGUUGGGAUACAGCCGGAAACAAUAGUGGGACAACAGGAGUUGUGGGGUAGAGAAACAGAGGAGGAAGCGGAAGAAGGAAGUCAAAAUGAAGCUGGAAAGGAGCAGCACAUGAAUGGAGAGUCUGGAUUAAGGAGGGAGGGAGCCGGGAGGAGAGGCAGACCUCGUAACAGUGGAGGGGGAAUAACCACAGAACAUACUAGCCACACUACAUCUUCCUCCACUGCCCCAUCCUACCCACCUAAAGGGUCCCUACCGUCUAGCGGUGGUCGGCACAAACAGGCCCGGAGACGCAACCACCAUCACCACCAGGGCAGAGGCCGCAGGCGGAUGGGCACCCAACUGGCCCUGACCUUGAGGGAGCUAAUGUCUGAGUCGCUCAGUCCCUGGUGCAUCUCCUGCAUACAUAUGGUGGUGGAGCUCAUUGUCACAGUGACGCACCAUUGCGGCGUUUGCGUUGAGACAGGAGCAGUGGUGCUCUAUGACUUCGGGUCUCAGCUUCUAGCAAAGAUGACAGACCUCCCUGGGAUGAAGGCAGACGCAGGGCGCACAGUGGAUUGGGCAAGAGAUAUUGUGACAGUCCUAAUAAAUACAAGUUUGAAGUCAAUUAGGGGGGCACAACAGGCUUCUGCAUCCUACUUUGGGUUAUUCUGCUCUGUGGUGCUGCGGGGAACCCAGUGGGCCAAAAACACUUUGGUGCGUCUGGGUGGUGAAAGGGGUAGGCGGGUGUGGACUGCCAUGCAGGAUUCCAGGGUCUGGAAAGGGGUGGCCUCUAUGGCAGAGAGAGUUAGUGGCUGGUUAAAGAGGAGAGUAACACAGGUGCCUGAGUCCACACCUGAGUCACCUGGUGGGACUGGAAGGUUUCAGUCUGGACAGGAACUGGACAGACUGCUGGCCUUAGCUCUUGUACCUGAGGAUGAGUUGGACCCUUUUACAGUGCUGGGAGUGGAGGCCCAUGCCACUGAAGCAGAGCUGAAGAGGGCCUACAGACAGCUGGCUGUCCAAGUCCAUCCAGAUAAGAACAAGCACCCUCGAGCCGGGGAGGCUUUCAAGGUCUUGAGGGCUGCUUGGGAUGUCGUUAGUAACCCAGAAACACGAAGAGAGUAUGAGAUGAAGCGGAUGGCAGCAACGGAACUCUCAAAGUCGAUGAACGAGUUCCUCACCAAACUACAGGAUGACUUGAAGGAAGCCAUGAACACCAUGAUGUGCACAAAGUGUGAAGGCAAGCACAGGAGGUUUGAGAUGGACCGGGAGCCUGCAGAGGCCAGGUUCUGUGCCGAGUGUAAUCGUCGCCACAGUGCAGAGGAAGGAGACCUGUGGGCAGAGUCCAGCAUGCUAGGCCUACGUAUCACAUACUUUGCCUGUAUGGAUGGCAAGGUCUAUGACAUCACAGAGUGGGCUGGUUGCCAGAGGAUAGGAAUCUCUCCUGACACACACCGUGUGCCCUACCACAUCUCCUUUGGCUCCAAGAACAAUGGCAGCUCAACACGCCAACGGACACCCUCAGAGCAUCCACCAGGUCCAAGCAGCCCUGCUGAUUUGCAGGAUUUCUUCAACCGAAUCUUCCAGGGUGGGCCCCCCAGUGACUUGACUGCAAAUGGGGGCUUUUUCCCCUCAGGACCGCCCCCCCAUCAACCCCCUGGUGCUGGACCUAGUGGACCCUUCACACCACCCCCACCUCAGACUGGCUUCUUCAUGCCUGGGGGGCAGAGACCAGAGCCCAGUGAGACCUGGACAGAGGCUGGCAAACCACCCCGCAGGAGGAAGAAAGUUCGGAAGCCCUUCCAGAGGUGAACCUGGUGGACAAAAUGAUGAGUCACCAUAGCAACACAGGGACACUACAAACAGAUGCCAUGUUUGUCUCUUUCGCCUUUCGCUGUCGGUAGACCCAGACCUGCCCUACAUGAGUAAAACUCAGGAAGAUUCAGGUGGUCAGGACUGCCAAACAUAGACAGACAACACAGAGGAGCCAGCCAAAGGAGAAAGGAAAGACUGGACCAUGAAGUAUUAAGUAUUGUAGGGUUAGGAAUUGGCAUUUUUGUUGACUGACUCAAAUUUCAUGUUAUCAAUAUGUUGUUUUGUGCUGUAGCCCCGCCACCGACAUCAAGCCUAAUGCUAUAAGGACAACAUAAUGCUCUAGGUCUGACUUUCCUGCCAAAUCCUGCAUUGCAUGCAUGAUUGCAUCAUUACAGUUCUAUCACUUUUUACUUUUAGUUUUUGGCUUUAGUCUCCCUUUCAGCUCUCAGUUUCUGCUGUAUGAAACGUGGAACUGAGAGGGCUAAUUGUGGCCAAUUGGAAUCAGCCAAAUUUAUGGAUCAAAAAGCUCCAAACUAGGGCUGUCACUAAGUACGAUUUUUAGUACUGGACUAUUCUGUCCAUUAAUUGAGUUACUUACGAAAAACACUGGUUUAUUUUCAAAUAUACAGAAUUUGAAUUUUAUAGAUAUAAUGAAUCAGUUUUUCUACUCUUAUAGACCUCAUUUCUAAUCUUCUAGACCAAAUUACAUUGUACACAUUGUAAUGUUUUUUUUCUCACAAUUACAUUGUGUAGAAUGGGCUUUCAUGGACGCUGUGGGGACUUGAAGGUUCGAAAGGAAGUUUUAUUUAUUUAUUAAAUAACGCUUUAUUUUUUAUCUGAGACAUUAGAUAAAUCAACAGAAUAGUUAACUACCAAAGUAGUCAUUAGUGACAGCUCUAUUCCAAGCCUUGGAGAACAUUCUCUUAAGGGCAACCCGACUGCCCAUGUGGCUUUAACUCGCACACCCUUCCACUCGUUGCCUUCUUUGAUCAAUUGAUAAAUAAGGUUAUCAUUUGAGCAAUUGCUGUUCUGCCAUUUAUUGCUUUGAAUGAAAGUUAAAGAAAGUUUCAUUGUCUGUAACAUUUGUAAUUUUUCUUUGAAUUUAAGUUUCAAUCGAGAUCAAUCAGCAUCUCUGUCAGGCUUUGAUAUCAGUGCUCCAAUGCUGUAUGCACAAUAUGCCUGUCAAAACAUUGAACAUUUGACAAACAUGCUCUUUGACAUUACAUAAUAGAAGGAAGUUUUCAAAUAGGUAUUGGUGAGUAUAAACAACAGUUUUCAAUCCUGUAACAUUUUUUGGCUAUACGGUAUCAUAAAGAAUUUAUAACUACAGAGGUUCAUCUGUUGCACCAAACUGCAUGUCUUGCUAAGUUUCCUGGACAUACAAGUCUAAAGUAUAAAAAAGAAAAGUAAUUCAGUAGUAUGAGAUUAUGUAUACUGUGUCCAGGAAACAACCCUCUUUCUGUAUCAGAGGACCAUGACUCAAGCCAUGUGAGCCAGUGCUCAGGGGAUAAGUCUUG